UUACUUUGUUGUUAGCCAAAACAGCUGUUUGUUAUUUCGCAACAUUCAUGCGAGUUUAUUUAUUUAUGUUUACGUAACUGUAAACAUUUAAAGGGCAUCGUGGAAAUACAAAAUUGAAUGUGCAAAACAGGCAGCCAAUAGGCGACACAUACGCAUACAUAGACGGACAACGCAUAAAUUGAUGCUGCAAGUAGCUGCUAUUGACGAUUAGCCGGCAACAGACAAGCUAGAACAACAACAACUACAACGACGAGAGCAACACCCACUCGUGUGUCAGUCAGUCAGUCUGUGAACUGGUCAAACCUGUGGUGAUGGCACGCGCUGCGCAAGACGUGCUCGGCGUGCUGCGGGGCCUGCAAAUAGUUGCGGAGGCGUGCGGUCGCGAGCAUCUGGCGUUGACUAAGCAUCUGUGGAGCAAUUCGAGUGUGCGCGAACUGUUGGCCGCCAAUGUGACUCAGACAGCGGACGCAGUGCGUACGGCCGGAGAGCAGCCGAGCGAGGAAUUGAAGAAAUUGCAGGAACUGUUACAAGAGACGGGAGAGCGCGGUUACGUCGUGGCCCAAGGAUUGUGCCAGUUGAUUGAAACGAAAUUACCUUGCGAUUUAUCAGUCAUGCAACGAAUGAACUGGCAACCCAACACAGCAGCAACAGCUGCUGCUGCUGGUGGUGUUGGUGGUGCUGGUGGUGCUACAGUUGGUGGCUCUGGCGGCAAUCGCAGCCAUAUAGAUGCGGCAGAUGCUGCCAAUCUGGAUAUAUCAUCCAUAACACUGCUGGAGUUUGAAGAGAUCCUCUCGAAACGCAACAAAAACCGUAAUGUCAGCCUACGCACGGCCAACACGGAAAGCAAACAGUUGCCUCCAACGCCACCACCACCAACAACAAAGGCGACGCCAGUUACUGUUAGCAACAAUGAGGGCAUCCUCAGCAAGGACACCCAGUAUGUGGAUAAUAUAAUGCGUUUUGUUGCAGGCGACACCACACCAGCCAAAGCAGGAGGAUCAACGCCAGUUGCUCCAAAAAAUACGGAAACCUUGCUGCCGGAACUGAGCAAGGUGGCGAAACAGCGACGUGUGCCGGCAUCGCGUCUGGGACGCAUGGCAUCAUUUGGUGGCCUGUUUGCCGGUCUUGGUCUGGGCACCAUUAAUGAACUGACAAAGGGUGCUCUUGGCCUGGGCGGAUCAACGAACAUGCGUGAUGCAUUGCUGAGUCCAGCGAAUGCCGAACGCAUUGUGGACACGCUGUGCAAGGUGCGUGGCGCAGCCCUGAAGAUUGGCCAGAUUCUGAGCAUACAGGACACUAAUGUGGUGUCGCCACAACUGGCAAAGGCAUUCGAACGUGUUCGCCAGGCGGCUGAUUAUAUGCCCGACUGGCAGGUGGAACGUGUGAUGACCACACAGUUGGGUCCGGAUUGGCGCAAGCGUUUGAUUAGCUUCGAUGACAAACCGUUUGCAGCCGCAUCCAUUGGCCAAGUGCAUCGGGCCACGUUGCUCGAUGGCAUGGAUGUGGCCAUUAAGAUACAAUAUCCAGGUGUUGCCCAGAGCAUUGAAAGCGAUAUUGAUAAUCUCGUGGGCAUGCUCAAGGUGUGGGAUGUCUUUCCCCAGGGCUUCUUCAUCGACAAUGUGGUGCGUGUGGCGAAACGUGAACUCCAAUGGGAGGUGGACUAUGCCCGCGAGGCGGAAUAUACCGAAAAGUUUCGUGAAAUGAUAUCACCAUAUCCAGAGUAUUAUGUGCCCAAGGUUAUACGUGAGCUGACCACAUCCAGUGUGCUCACCACAGAGCUCGUUCCAGGCGUGCCACUAGACAAGUGCUUCGAGCUGAGCUAUGAGCAUCGUGCUCAUAUUGCCAGCUCCGUGCUAAAGCUUUGUCUCCGCGAACUCUUUGAGAUCGAAUGCAUGCAAACGGAUCCAAAUUGGUCAAAUUUUCUGUACGAUGCGAACAGUCGUCGUCUUAUGCUGAUUGAUUUUGGCUCCACACGCUUCUAUAAGCACGAGUUCAUCAAAAAUUAUCGUCAGGUUAUCAUCAGUGCGGCAGAAAACAAUCGUCAGGGCGUUCUGGAAAUGUCCCGACAGAUGGGAUUCCUCACCGGCUACGAGACAAAGCAAAUGGAACAGGCUCAUGUCGAUGCCGUCAUGAUAUUGGGCGAAAUCUUUCGAUAUGAUGGUCCCUUUGAUUUUGGUAAACAGAAUACUACGGAACGCUUGGCUACCCUGGUGCCCACAAUGGUGGCACAUCGUUUAUGUCCACCGCCCGAGGAGAUUUACUCCAUACACCGCAAAUUGUCGGGGAUUUUCCUACUCUGCGCUCGUCUCAAUGUCCGCAUGAAUUGUGUUCCCUUCUAUAAUGAGAUCAUUUUAGGCAAGUUCAAGGAUUAAUACUUUAUUGUUGAGGCUUACUCAUAUUUUUUUUUUUAAAUGUUAGACUAAGUGCUCUUACUGUAUAAAAUGUAAUAACUGAAUGAUUUGUAUAUGAGUUGAAAGGAGUAUGGAAUAAAUAAUGUUUGAUAAAACUUAUAA